UGGCCCAGAUCAUGUGACCACAAAAUGGUGGAAGCUGUGAGCUGUUUGUAAGCUGAGCAUCUCCAUCGAGAGGCUGGAAGCAGGAAGCAGGCAGGGAACUUGGAAGUACAUUCAUGCUCUGAGACGCAGGAGGACAGAGAUUCCCGAGCCCCAGAAGCGAUAAAAUCCUGCCGAGGAGGAACAAGGACUUUCCCUUUUCAUGCGAAAGAGCGCACGUGACUCUCGGUGAAUUUGCAUCCGUGCCCAAUCUGUGCUCAGGUCCUCCUGGGGAUGGACCUGGCAUCAGAGAGUAAAAUGAACUCUGAGGGGGGUGAUGGCAGACCAGUCCCUCCUACCUCUCUACCUCUGCAAGGAGGAGGCUCACAGAGAAAAAAACUAUCUGCGCCUCGUAUCAGCCUGUCACUAGACCAGAGCGAGGAUGACUUCGGGGAGACGCCAGAUGAUCUAGACAUUAAUGUCGACGACCUCGACACUCCAGAUGAGGGGGAUUACCUCGACUACACAGACCAUGAAAUGGACUGGGAAGAUCCCAAUGCUGCCAACAGGAGUGCUACCAGUGAAGUCUACAAUACAAUCCCAACAUACAGUGCUGAGGAGGAACGCCAAGAUGGAAAACUGUGGAGGACCGUCAUCAUUGGGGAGCAGGAACACCGUAUCAACAUGAAACUCAUUGAGCCCUACAUGAAAGUCAUCUCUCAUGGAGGCUACUAUGGCAACGGAGUGAACGCCAUCAUCGUGUUUGCUGCUUGUUUUCUGCCAGACAGCGACCGAGAGGACUACCAUGAAAUAAUGGAGAACCUCUUCCUUUAUGUGAUCAGCACACUGGAGCUGAUGGUGGCAGAGGACUACAUGAUUGUAUACCUGAAUGGAGCCACACCCCACAGAAGAAUGCCUGGACUUGGUUGGCUAAAGAAGUGCUAUCAGAUGAUUGACAGAAGGCUCAGGAAGAACUUGAAAUCCUUCAUUAUUCUCCAUCCAUCGUGGUUUAUCAGGACCAUUCUAGCUAUUACCAAACCAUUCAUCAGCACCAAGUUCAGCAGUAAGAUAAAGUAUGUAAACAGUCUGGACGAGCUGCAGGAACUCAUCCCGAUGGACUGCAUCCAGAUCCCAGAGUGCAUCAUUAGACUUGACAAGCAGCUGAAGGAAGCGGCAGAGAACUCGAGAGUGAACAGUUUUCUGCAGGGAUCCGAGCCAACUGCAGCAAGCAGAACAGACAGACCAGACGCAGCUGGUGCCAGCGGCUCUUAAAUCCAAACAUCCUGAAUAGAUGGGUCACCUCGAUGCUCAGAAGUCACUGUUGUAUUGAAUGGGCGAAUCUGGAAAUUGUGUAGCUACUGUGUGUGCGUGUGUCAGUGUUUUGUCAAUUACACACUGGAGUUUAAUACGAGAAUACAACUUACAAUAGCACCUGAUCACGAUAAGAUCUUUAACGACUGCUGUAGCACCUGCUGUACCUUACACCUGCAGUCCUGACAUACAUGUAGUCUUAAGUGUGAUUUUUUGUUUUGGGAGCAUCAGCAGACUAGUGCCAUCGCUCACUUUAGGGUAGGGACACUAGACAGCGCACUGCGCAAAUCCAUUUGUAGAGUCUAUGAUGUUGUAGUUGUGUGCAUGAGAAGCAGUGAAGCAAUAAUAUCACCCUUUACUGGUUACUCAGUCUCAGUAUUUCUGAUAAAGAGACGACUUGUGUGUACGCAGUAAAAGCGCAGGGUGCCUUGUGCCAUGGAAGAUGACCAACUGGCUUUUGACCAAUCCAAACCUCUUUCUGGAAAAUGAAGCAUAAAACUAGAUAUUUUACAUUUAUAGAGUUAAUCUAAACCUAAGAAGGAAUAACUUAAAUUAUUAUAUGAAGCUGUCAGUGCUAUGUGACAGCAUGUCUUUUUAGUCGUGUGUGCGUGCGUGUGUGUGCGCGCGCAUGCGUCUUUCUGUCUAUACACCUCGAAACUCAUCCUCAGUUUCUGCUUGACGACCAGGAAGAAUCUCGGGUGAGAGUAGCGAUGGGAUCUUUGAUAAGCACAUCUUUAUCUGUGUGUGUCCACACGCAUGCGUGUGUGUGUGCGUAUCUGUGCAUCAGUGCAUGUCCCCCUCAUUAGAUAACCGAUGGUCCUCUUGCACGUAAGUCUUUAAUGGUGUACUGAGGGGGUGCAAAGAAAUUGUUGAUCACUGGCUAGUAAUUCAAUAAAAAUAAAUCGAUUCAAGUC